CCUCACUGCCUCAUGGCCAGUCUGUAUGUACAGUUCUCUGGGCUACGGAAUGGGACCAGCUGGACAAGUCCUGUCACCUCUCCCCAGUUUCCUGUUGAGAUCUUAUCUUCCAGUUGCAGCCCCAGCCUCCUCCAACCCCUGGGCUCUUUGCCCUGAUUCCCUCCUUCAUAGUGGCACACUCCCUGAGACCAGCUGAUUCAGGCACCUGGGCCAAGAAGGGUGACCAGGGUGACAACUGCCUGGAAAAUGAGGGCCUGAGAACUGCACUCGGCGAUGGAGACCCCGCUGGAGAAGGCUCUGACCACCAUGGUCACCACUUUCCAUAAAUACUCGGGGAGAGAGGGCAGCAAGCUGACUCUGAGUAGGAAGGAGCUGAAAGAGCUGAUCAAGAAGGAGCUGUGUCUUGGUGAGAAGAUGAAGGAGAGCAGUGUGGACGACCUGAUGAAGAGUUUGGAUAAGAACAGCGACCAGGAGAUCGACUUCAAGGAGUACUCGGUGUUCCUGACCACGCUCUGCAUGGCCUACAACGACUUCUUCCUGGAGGACAACCAGUGACGGGGCCCAGGCCCUGGCCUCUGCAGCUCCUCUCGCACACCCUUCCAGAAGGAUGCUGCUUUAGCCUUCUCUUCCCGCAGAGGAAAUAAAGAUUUUCCUUUCCAAGGGUCCGUGGCUGGUUUGGAAGAUGUCUUGUCCAUCUUGGCUGGGGGUCCGGUGGGCAGGGCAGCGAUUCCCCUUCAGUGAGCGGAGAGCUUCUGGGGGUUAGGGUUCUGGGCUCCCACUCCACUUCCUGUCCUUUGGUGUGGAUGUGACUAAGUGUGUCUGGGCUUAGCGUGGCCCUCCUGGAAAAUGGGGAAGUUGGGCCAGGCUUUUG